CCAUGAAAACACCCUUGAAAACCCCAGUAACUUCCACUACAGCCUGUUAAACUAGAACCAUGAAAACACCCUUGAAAACCCCAGUAACUUCCAUUACAGCCUGUUAAACUAGAACCAUGAAAACACCCUUGAAAACCCCAGUAACUUCCACUACAGCCUGUUAAACUAUAACCAUGAAAACACCCUUGAAAACCCCAGUAACUUCCCAGUAAUUGGUAUGUAUGUGUGAGAAUUGAGAAUGUAAUAUUAUUAUCGUCCUACAAAAUGGGGCCGUCCUGGUAAACACGGGGCCGUCCUGGUAAACACACGGGGCCGUCCUGGUAAACACGGGGCCGUGGGGGAGGGCCGUCUUGGAGGGCCGUCGUGGUUAGGGGCCGUCUUGACCUGCUUCCAAGCAAACCAAAGACUGAAGAAAACGAAAGGAAAUUCUCUUCGUUUUCUUCUGUUCUUGGUUUACUUGUGGUUAAUUGUAGUUCUUGUUCUUGUAGUGACUACAAGACAAAGCAAACCUGAAAGUGGAGAAAAGUAAAGAGAAUACAAUGACUACAAGAUAAAGCAAAUCUUAAAGUGUAGAAAAAAAAAUUGAAGAGAAGGUGCCGUUCAAAAGGCAAAACCUGAUUAACAACAACAACAACAAGAUCCCUUCUGUCACAGCACCACAAUAACACCUCGGUAGUGAAUUGGGGCGCCAGGUAGCACACAGGGGGCCCGAGGAGCUACCGUGGUGAAGACAUUAGCCCUGGACUGCUGUGUGUGUGCAUAAGCGAGUGACAGGUGUGAUAUUCUGAACAGGCUGAGAGAACCCCCAGUGUCAUGGCCAUAGCUGGUCCUCCUGGCCUGGAAUUUGAUCACAAUUGGCCUGAGUCAGCUGAAUGCUUGACGCUGGACUUUGGGCCUUUUGAAACUGUGCACCGAUGGAAGUGUAUGCCCGAGUGUGACGAGUUUGUUGGUGCACGGCGAAGCAAACACACAGUGGUGGCAUACAAGGAUGCUAUAUACGUGUUUGGUGGUGACAAUGGCAAGUGGAUGUUAAAUGACCUGCUACGCUUCGAUGUGAAGGAAAAAUCAUGGGGCAGAGCGUUCUCCACAGGCACUCCUCCCGCCCCUCGCUAUCAUCACUCUGCUGUGGUACAUGAAUCAUCCAUGUUUGUGUUUGGAGGCUUCACGGGGGACAUUCAUAGCAACAGCAACCUUAAGAACCAGAAUGACCUGUUUGAGUACCGCUUUCAGACCGGGCAGUGGCUUGAGUGGAAAUUUACUGGCAGGGCUCCGGUUCCUCGGUCAGCGCACGGGGCAGCAGUCUACGAAGGGAAGCUGUGGAUAUUUGCAGGAUAUGAUGGAAAUUCUCGACUCAAUGAUAUGUGGACCAUUCCUCUUGGGGGAGACAACAGAGUCUGGGAGGAGAUCAGCCAAACCGGAGACUGCCCGCCAACUUGCUGUAAUUUCCCGGUGGCGGUCGCUCGAGACUCCAUGUAUGUGUUCAGUGGGCAGAGUGGUGCCAAGAUUACCAACUCUCUCUUCUACUUCACCUUCAAGGACAGAUGCUGGACUCGUAUAUCCACGGAGCACAUCUUGCGUGGCGCUCCUCCGCCGCCCACCAGACGCUACGGACACACCAUGAUUGCCUUCGACCGCCACCUCUACGUCUUCGGAGGAGCAGCCGACUCCACUCUCCCUAACGAUCUCCACUGCUUUGAUUUAGACAGCCAGACAUGGUCAGUGAUCCAGCCUGCCCCAGACUCCCAGGUUCCCUCUGGCAGACUAUUCCAUGCAGCUGCCGUGGUUGGAGAUGCCAUGUUUGUGUUUGGCGGGACAGUCGACAACAAUGUACGGAGCGGCGAGAUGUACCGAUUCCAGUUCUCUUGCUAUCCUAAGUGCACCCUUCAUGACGACUUCGGAAAGCUGCUAGAAAGCCAACAGUUUACUGAUGUGGACUUCCUGGUCGGGCCUGAGGAGCAGAGGAUUCCCGCCCAUGUGGUGUUUGUGGCGGCACGUUCCCAGUACCUGAGGAAUCGCAUCCGCCAGGCAAUGGAGGCGAGAGACAAACACUUGGAGAAGGUGUUGGGGACAGUAAACCUCCACUCCCAUGACUUACCGAUGCUGGAGGUGAAGCUGCCAGAUGCCGUGCCCGAGGCAUUUGAGAUGGUGCUGAACUACGUGUACACAGACCGCAUUGACCCAUUCCGCUGCAAGAAAGACCAGAACCCCAACAAGAUUGUCCUCAUCAUGAUGGAUGUGUAUCGUCUGGCUGUACAGUGUCACAUGAGGCGCCUGGAGCAGCUGUGUGUGCAGUACCUGGAGGCCACCAUCAACCACCGCAAUGUUCUGGUGGCACUGUGUAAUGCUGCAAGCCUCAAGCUCUUCUUCAUUAAGGAGUUUUGCUUGAAGUUUAUUGUCCGAGAGAGUAACUACAACCAGAUCGUGAUGUCCAAGGAGUUUGAGAUGCUGGACAAGCCUCUCAUGGUGGAGAUCAUUCGCAGGAAACAGAUGCCCCAGAUGAGGUCCCUUCAAGAGCCUCAGUUUGAGUCUUCAGGCACAACACUUGAGGAGGACAUGGAGCAGUUCCUGAAGUCUACAGGCAUUGACUUCUGUGACAUCACCCUCAUGCUUGAUGGCACACCCCUGCGAGCCCACAAGUCGGUGCUGGCUGCCCGCUGCUCCUAUUUUGAGGCCAUGUUCCGGUCCUUCAUGCCAGAGAACAGUAUAGUGCAGAUUGCCAUUGGAGAGAUGAUUCCAUCACAGCAGUCCUUUGACUCUCUGCUGCGUUACAUAUACUAUGGGGACGUGGACAUGCCCCCGGAGGACUCACUCUACCUCUUCUCUGCACCUUACUUCUACGGGUUCACCAACAACAGACUGCAGGCAUUCUGCAAACAAAACCUGGAGAUGAAUGUAACUUUUGAGAAUGUGAUCCAGAUACUAGAGGCAGCAGAUCAGAUUCAAGCCACAGAUAUGAAGAAAUAUGCUCUCAACCUCAUUGUGCAUCACUUUCCGAAGGUGGCUCAGCUCCCGAAGCUCCGGUGUCUCAGCCGUGCUCUCCUGCUGGACAUCCUGGAGGCUCUUGCUGAGGACAUGUCUGACUCCAAGCUGUGCCACGACAUGUCCUCCAUCAGUCUGAGUACGUCGGACUCGGGAUGAAGCUUCCCUCGGGUCGUCCUGUACCGGGAGUGUCUGGAAACCACGAGUCAUGGGCUGGCAUCUUGUACAAACAUAAUCAGGUGCUUGUACAAACACAGUUAGUUGCCUGUGCCCCAUGUGGAAGGCAGGUUGUCGGGUCUGCUGGUCUGAUUCAUUUGCCAAGCUUACUCUCCUGCAAAGUCUAGGAAUAACUGGUAACCUCUAACCUCUUGCUUAAUAUGCUGAAUGUCGAAGCCUACAUUUAUGCCUUUUGAGUCUUGGAACCCUCAAAAGGUAGGCAGGAAAAGACUCCAAGUGCCCAAGGUAGAGUUGGGUGAGGAGUGAGAGAGGAAGCACCUUUCUGCAGUGCUGGCAGUGCUGCAGUCUACUUCAUUGUAGGGCAUUGAGUGCUGAAGGUAGUAGGAUUUCAGUGGCAUUUCAAUGUGUGUUUUGUAAUUUUCUCUUUCCCCGACCAAGUAUAAAAAAUGUACAAUUGUAUCCAGAUGAGAGAGAGAGAGAGAGAGAGAGAGAGAGAGAGAGAGAGAGAGAGAGAGAGAGAGGAGAGAGAGAGGAGAGAGAGAGAGAGAGAGAGAGAGAGAUGUGAAUGUGGAUAUAAAUGUGACAGAAGCAUAUAGAAGAAAUAACCUCACCAGAAUUUACCCUCAGCAGUGUUCAUUGUACAAUUAACUAAGGAGUCUGCAGCAUGGCGACUCAUUGUUGGUAGUGUAGGUCUUCCAGAAUGUACAAGCAGUAAGGUUCUGGUCUGUGUUCAUUUACAAUUAUGGAUACAUACAAAUUUACCUCAUCAUCAGCUUCAAGUCUCUAACUAGUUACGCUUAAACAAGGCUGUGGCCUGAGAUACGAGAGCAUGUGUGGCAAAAAACAUUCAAUUUAACCCCAUUAUUCGAUGUAGAAAGUAAUACUGUAUUAUGUAGAGAAUUAAACUAUCCUUGGUCCUGUAUUCUAGAUUAAUAUACAGAGCAGUAUACAAUUUGCUGUAUGUUGUGUGUGUGUAUGUAUGUGUGUGUAUGUGAAGGUUAUUUGUUUGAGUCCAGUAAUUUGUGAUUUGGAAAGUGAAAUUAGGGAGAAAGAAAGGAAGGAAGGAGUACUGUCUUGAAUCUUGAGCCACAUUGUCAAAUAUUUUGGCAUCUUAUCUCAUCUUUCAGCAGUGUUCUUGUGGCAGUACUUUUUGGAUUUUCAAGGAAAGUAAUACUUUAACAAGGUGUCUGCAUUACAAAUGGGAGUGAACAUUUGAGAAAGGACUUAUUUCUGUGGCUUUUGAGAAAUGAGAACCCAAAGUGUUUUAUAAUAUAGAAUACAUUUUUUGUCCAUAUGUUACAGUACUAAUGUGUUCUAUAUUUAAACUGCUGUGCCACAUUACUCUGUCAUACGUGAGGGAGCAGUGUGGGGACUCAGAAAUUAUCCAUUGUAAGCUCAAAUUGAUGUGUUCCUUAUACUCUUCAUCAGUGGUCCUGUGGUUGAGGGAGCUCUGUUCAAAGGCUGAGGACGGAGGGGCUUAGAACCAAGACAAUAAAUUAUAUGACACAGGA